CCAACAAUAAUUUAUUAAGAUAUGAAUCCCGAAUUCAAAGUGCUCACAAAUGUGGGCGAAACUAAUUCGCGAACGCCAGUAAUUCAAAACAGAUUUCGUAAAUUGACUUUACAAUCACCUCAACAAUCGAACAUUCAACCAAAAAUGCCCGAACACACGGCGGUUCCACUAUCCAAGCUAGCGACAGAAACGAUCGUAAAUCCGCCUGAUGCAACGAUACGGUCACAAUCGCAAGUAAUAACCAACAAAUUGAUGUUAUCGACCUCGUCCAACGCCUUAACCGAAACGAAUUUUAUUAAUGUCGAGACUGAGCCGUUUACCAAUCCACUUCGAGUGGAAAGUACCGAAACUGCUGAAAAAUCGCCGAAGGCGAAAUCGGAUAACGGUGAACUGACCUCGCAGAUGAAAAAGCUGGGAGUAUCAAGAGUUUCGGCUGAAUUGUUUUCGCAGUACAGCUCAUCGUCAAGAAUUUCGUUGCCGCCGAAUAGAAUUUUGUCGAACAAGGAAAAUAUUGAAAAUCUUUCGCAAAGAAUGUCCAACAUACGCAUGUCCGAUUUGGCUGAUACACAACCGAACACACAGUCACCCCACAAACAGCGAUCGAAUUCUACUCUAGCUGAUACCCAACCGAAUACGGCAUCGCACCCUAAACAGCAAUUGGAACGUUCAGCUGAUGACGAACGGAUCAUAGCGUCGAUUGUUUUGAGCAGUGACGACGAAAACAAUGAUGAUGAUAGUGACAAUCUGCAGAAGAGUUUGCUUACGGAAGAAAGCGACGAUGUCAGUGUGAUAGAAAUUGUGAGUAGUGACGACAGUAUAGAUGCAUCCGAUGAUCGUGUUCCACAAAAAAGAUCUGCAAUAAACGUCGAAGUUGAUGAGUUAACCGAAUCGGUCGCGCUGAAAUUGAACAACUUUUUCGACAAUAUCCCGAAAUUGGAUCAGUCUCGACAAAACUUCUACAAAAACCUGGACAAAAACGUUGAAUCGACGGCAACCCCCAGAGAAAAAACCGAAACUUCAGAGAUCAACAUUCCUGAAACUGAACCUUCAGGCGGUGAAAAUUGCGACGUUCUGGAACUGGAGGCAUCUCAGUUGAACGACAGCGGUAAGAUGUCCGGUAACAAAGCCACCUCACAGAUCUCCUCGGCAAACGAAAAUGAUGGCAAUGAGAAGAUCGAGACACCGAAAAAUUUAGCGGACAAACCUGAUGAAAACAUUUCACGCCAAUCGUCCGUAUUGGACUUAAAUGAAAGCCGUAAAACGUCCGCGGUGGAAAACGAAUCCGAAAAUCGGUCAAUCGAAGAUGAAAGCGGCUCGUCACACCUAGAUCAAAGCACAGAUGAGAAACAGUUGUCAGUACGUGAGCCCAAGAAGAAGAUCGAAUUUGAAAAAAUCAAAACGGAUGCCAAAAAAGUGAUAACUUUCAACUCGCCAACGAUCAACGUUUCUGCCACGAUUAACAUCAAUAUUCAGGUGUCUGGCUUUUCGUCAAAUAGUUCUGACACAGACGCAACGUCAGAGAAUCCUUCCGAAAAAUCAUCGAAAAAUGACGAAACUGUGCUGUCAGAGGAAUGCAUAGAUUCGUCAAUGGAAUCGCACUGUCUAAGGAAUGCGAAAAAAUGUUUCGGUUCAAAAUCCAAAAACUUUAUUGCCUAUUCUCCAAAUGUUAAAGCCACUGAUGAUGACCCGCCCGAUCAAGAUGAUCAAACAUCACCGGACUCAAGCGUCAUCGAAUCAUCAAUAAUUCUUUCUCAGAAAGAUGUAAGACUGGUCAAAGGAAACUAUGAUAAGGAUGCAUCCGGCAGAUUUGAGUCCGACCAUUCAAUGGAGAAGGAUUCAACCAAUGUAUCUAUCUCUUCAGUUGAUGUUGUGACAAAGCAAUCAACCAAUGGAUCUUCCUCUUCAGCUGAUCUUGUAACAAAGGAAUCGAUUGUUGAUGGUACAACGGAUGCAUCUUCAUCUUCAACUGAUCUUGCAACGAAGGAAUCCAUUGUUGAUGGUACAACGAAAGAUGAGAAUACUCUCAGUGUGACAGCAACCGAUACGUCAGUAGAAAUUGAUGAAAUCGGUGAGCAAUUGUUGAAUGGCAUUUACGACGACACUUGGAGAACGCCGCAGUUGAUCAAAAAAUGCGUGUCAACGAAAAAGAAAUAUCAAACAGAUCUCAUCAAAAGAGGCAAAAGCCGUGGAUUCAGUUUAUUUCGUCGUGAUAUCAUUCACUCGGAACUUGAUUCGACUCGCAUUACUCCGACCGCUACUGUAACAGAACUCAGCUGUAAGGACCAUAUGGAUGAAUCUAAUUCUGAAUCCGAACUUACUUUGCCAAAUAAAGAUGAGAAAGUCAAAGAAAGCGAUGCUAACCAAAGUAGCCGGAUCAUACGGACACGUCGUAAAGUCGUGCCGAAUCGUAUAUUAGACUACAGUGACGACGAUGGCAGCAGUCAGUCAGAUCAGGCGUUAGACAACUCAUUCGAACCGGAGCCAUCUGAAGAAAGUGAUAGCAGCGUGGAAAAACUGGAGAAGCCAGAGCCUGCUCGACGUAAACGAAAAAAAAUCGUGUUUCUUGAUUUGACGUGCAAUGAAGUGAUUGAGGACGAAGAUCACGAAAAUCCCGACGCAACAUCAGAAGAACUGGAAAAGGUUGUGGAAAACUAUUUACAGUCGUUAGAAACUGAAACGAUCGUUCAGACACCGGUGCCUCCAAAGCAAAAUGGUCCAUCAAUCACUGCCAAGCGAAAGCUGUUCACUCCUAACUAUGACGACCAGACUCCAUUUGAGGAAAUGAAGACGCCAGAGCCGGUAAAACGAGGCGACGGAAAGAAAACCAUUCAACUGAAAACACCAAUCCCAUCGUUUCUCAUACCACCGCAGUUCCGUGACAAAGCGAGAACCAUUGCGAAACCAAUUACUCCAACUGGAGCACCACCACCUAAUGAUUCGAAAAAGCCUCAGACACCAUACACUCCUGCACCUAAAAGAACUUGCGGAUUUCUGGAAUCGUUGGAUAGCAAUCUGAUUCCGGAUCAACAUUGUGACCUUGAGGCUCUUCAGUUCAGAAAAAACUUCAAACGGCACAGAACUGAACUGGUGACGAGACUAAUGUUGAUUUACAACAAGUACGUUUUCAAUAACCAAUUGAAGGAUGUUCCCGUUUCUUGGAACAAAAAAAUGACAAAAACUGCUGGUGUAUGCCGUUCACGCAAAAUUGCUGGCGUCAGAAUAUCACGCGUCGAAUUGAGCGAAAAAGUUGUGACUUCGGCAGACCGGUUACGGGAUACGUUAAUACAUGAACUUUGCCAUGCAGCUGCCUGGAUUAUUGAUAGAGACUUGGGAAAACACGGGAAAAUCUUUAAGUAUUGGGGUAACCAAGCAAACAAACGAUUCCCUGAGCUGCCAGCCAUAACACAAUGCCACAAUUACGACAUCGUGGGUAAAUUCACAUACAAAUGUACAAUUUGCGGAUUAAAAUCAACAGCCCAUUCCAAAUCGAGAAAAGUGGAAAACAUUCGUUGUGCUAAAUGUCACGGACCCAUCGAAAUAUUCCUAAACAAAACGGACAAAGACGGUCAGGUCAUUCUGGUGCCGCCAAAAGAACCAUCUGUGUUCGCGAAAUAUGUGAAAGAAAAAUACAAAUUGCACAAAGUGUCUGGGGCCACUCAUGCCGACGUGAUGAAGAUUUUGAGCAACAAUUUUGGAAAGUUGACUGUCGAAGAAAAGUCUAAGUUCAAAUAAUGAUGAUUGUGUUGUAGCGCAAGACGGGCAUAUCAGCAAUCGAAAUAAACUUUUAUUUUUUGACUUUAGCAAAAAC